AUGAUCAAUCGAAAGAGAAACACAGUAUACUUGGGCUUUGAGAAGAGAUUCCAUCAAAAGGAUUAUGACUACAUGUUCUUUCUUGUUCCUCAUAGCCCAACAAAUUGGAAGAAAGAGAUAAUGGACAUUCCGGAUAUAUCAUCGGUGACGUUGGUGUUUGAGAGGUACCAUGAUCGAUAUAGUGAUUAUGGUGCGGUGUUCUGGACUGACUUGAAGGUGCUGAUCGAUCACUUGGCAGCGCACUCAAUUCCAAUCAUUUGUGAACAUAUGCCAUUGAUCACUGAUGAUGAGUCCAGUGUACCACUAAACGGAUAUUACUUCAGCAACCUGACACUCUACUUGAGGUCAACCUCAACACAAUCAUUUGUUGACAAUGUACUUGGAAGCUUACCAGCAACAUUGACCAAUCUAUCGUUGACUGGCCAGUUCAAGGGCUCACUGGAGAACGUCCUACCUACAAGCAUUCGUUCGUUGGCCAUUCGUCUGGAUGAUUGGAAUCUGGCCAUCUCUGGCACUGGACUCCCUCCACAUUUGAACACUCUCCACCUUGGGCACUGGUUUAAUCAUCCUCUCACACUGCCAAGUAGCAUCACUGAAGUGAAGAUUGGAUUGUACUUUGCUCAACAGAUUGAUUGUCCAUCGCUUCAAUCUCUGAUUUGGACUUCAUCAACUACAACGAUCAGCGACCUCACAUCAACAUUCCCUGAUCUGAGAGAUGUCAACUUAACCUUUGAGAAACCUCCCGUUGGGAUACCCUAUGGAGUGGAGGUGUUAUCACUCAACUUUGACAGAUAUAUCAAUCAUGAGCCUCUUUCGAGAUUACAGUUGCCAUCCUCUAUUACCGCACUCAAGAUCCAGUACCAUAAUCGCAAGAUUCAAAUUGGUGACAUACCUCCAUCAGUCACAUCAUUGACUGUGAUUGGAGUCCAGUACGAUCAAUUGGACUUUGACGCACUGCCCUCAGCACUCCGAUCAUUGUCACUGCAAUGUGUUGCCACAGAUCUACCGAUUCCAUGGGACCUGGUCAAUCAACUACAUUGUUUACCAAAGUCAACUGUAGAGUAUACAUUGACAAUUGGAUAUGGAUUGAGUGUUCGAAGAAAUGAUUACUGGACAAUCAAUCUAACAAGAAUCUCGGACAAUAUAUUCUUGCGAGUGGCCGAUGACCUACUCAAGCGUUCUGGCUUCAUCGACAUCUCUAGUCCAUACUUCAAAACAGAAUAUCUACUUCAACUAAUGAACAACCAAUGGACAUGGCCGAUCAACAAGCCUCGCGGACGCGGUCUAGCUUCAACUUUAUCAUCCUGCACAACAAUGUAA